AUGGGUGGAAAAAUUGACAAGAACGUGAACAAGGGUGGAGCACCUCCAAUUUUUCGAUUAAGUGGUCAAAACUACCACCUAAUGGGCACUUUACUUCCAGAACAAGGCAAAGAACCUCAUUUUGCCCAGUUAUACAUAUACGACACGGCAAAUGAAAGGAACAACCGUAUAAAUGCUGUGAGGGGUAUUGGUGACCAAGAUGACAUUCAUGUAGAAAUAGUGAAUGUCAUUCAGAAAGACCUGGAUGAAAAUAAUGUCUUGGUUAAGUCUUUUCGCAUGGCUAUGUCUGAGUUGGAUAUUAAUCCAUGCGCCGAAGUAAAAAUAAAGUUGUUGGGAAAACGAACUAGAGAUGCUAGGACAUAUAAUCUGCCUCAAGUGUCUGAAGUAGCAGCUUUAAUCGUUGGCGAUCUGGAUACCAGUAUUGAAGAGCGUGAUAUUAUUGUUCAAUCGAAGGGUGGCCAACUACAGAGGAUUACUGAAUUAAAUCCUUCAUACUUACCACUGCAAUACCCUAUUCUGUUUCCAUAUGGCGAAGAUGGUUAUCGGGAGGACAUUGCAUUCGCCGACGUAGUCGGCAAGCGCUCUUCUGGUGGUAGACAAAGGAUUAGCCCCAGGGAGUUUUUUUGCUACCGCAUACAAUCUAGACAGUCAGCUCCAAGUACCAUAUUAUUUGCAAAGUGGUUGUUCCAACAAUUCGUUGUAGAUGGCUACACAAUGGUUGAGUCUGGAAGACUAAUUUAUAUAAGGACACACCAAAAAAGCCUAAGGUGUGAGAGUUACAGUGGACUGACUGAUGCUUUGACGAGGGGUGAUUUAAGCCCUGCAGCCCAAGGUCGUAGAAUAAUACUACCUUCGAGUUUUACGGGUGGUGCUAGAUAUAUGAUACAAAACUACCAAGAUGCAAUGGCAAUAUGUAGAUGGAUUGGAUACCCAGAUUUAUUUAUAACCUUUACAUGCAAUCCGAAGUGGCCUGAGGUGCAACGGUUUUUAAAAGAUCAAAGGUUGAAGCCAGAAGACCGGUCGGACAUAAUUUGCCGCUUAUUUAAGAUUAAGUUGGAUGCUUUGAUAGCUGAUUGUCGAAAGAAUCAACUAUUUGGCCCUGUUGCCGGAGUCAUAUAUACAAUUGAGUUUCAAAGCGAGAGAUUCCCCGAUGAAAAGAAAGAUGCUGAGUAUUACCAGGCGGUAGAGGAAUUUAUCAUGCAUGGUCCAUGUGGAAAAGCCAGGACAAAUUCUCCAUGCAUGGUAAAUGCACGAUGCUCUAAACAUUUUCCUAAGAGAUUUGUUGAUAGUUCUACGUUUGAUGACGAUGGUUACCCGGUAUAUAGAAGGAGAGACAAUGGCAGUGUAGUUACAAAGAACGGGAUCGCCUUGGACAACAGGUACAUAUCCCCGUGUGAAGCGGUCUGGCGUCUGUUUGGGUUUGAUAUACAACUUCGUGCGCCUUCGGUAGAGAGGUUAAGCUUUCACCUUCCUAAUCAACAGAGUGUGAUAUUUGCAGAUGAUGAUGCAGUUGAGAACAUUGUGAAUAGACCUACGAUAGCACAGAGCAUGUUCUUAGAAUGGUUCGAAGCUAAUAAAACAUACCCCAAUGCCAGAGAGCUUACUUAUGUUGAGAUGCCAACAAGAUUCGUUUGGAAGAAAGACCUUAGAAAAUGGCAGCCACGAAAGAAAGGGUUCUCCAUAAGGACAGAUGCGUGUUAUGCAAGGGGUUUAGUUGAUGAUGACAACGAAUAUGUUGAUGCAAUAGAUGAAGCCAGUAGUUGGGCGUCAGCAGAUCAAUUGAGGAGAUUGUUCGUGACAUUACUAAUGAGCAGUUGCAUGGGGAAACCGGAAAUAGUUUGGCAUGCCGUUUGGCAACAUCUAUCAGACGAUGCCCAAUACAAAAUCCGUUCACACUGCAGAACAGAGGAGAAAGAGAACCAAGAAUUGGUAAGGCAGUUAACAGACGAACAAAAUGCAAUAUACAAUGAAGUUUUAACUGACGUGGAUCGCCAGGAAGUACAGCAAUCCAAUACACAAAUAGGAGAUGAAUUUGCAAUUCGUAAACCAUUAGAUAAAUAUGCAAUUGUCGAAGACCAGGUAACAACCAGAGACUUGCUACCUGCCUUUGAAGAUGAAAGUAACAAUGCGGUCAAUACUGCGAUUUUGGUGAUGCAACAAAUCAGUGCGUACAUUGUGGGGCUAUGUUUUGGUUUGAAGAAAGGAAGAAAAAUUGUCAACAAAAGCAUCGCCACUGUUUAUGUUGUGUUGCAACAAUGGGAAGAUCAAAUUGCCGGAUAA